AUGUUAAAAAGAGGAGCGCCCAGGGAGCGCUGUGCAGGAAGCCAAGAAGGUGCCGCACGGGAGGCGCAGCGGGAAGCCUUUGGCAGGUGGUGCUGGUGACGCACAGAAGUUACUUUGCCUUCGGGAGGACGGCAGGCCCCGUGUGCUGCCCAUGUAGGUGUGCCGCUGUGCCCCCGAGAAGUUGGCUGGUGGCGCGGCGGCGGCGGAGCGGCGGCGGCUCGUCCUGGGCAGCGGCGGCGGCAGAUGAUGGUGGCGGCGCUGAGCUGAGCUGAGCGGCGGCAUCCCGGCCCCGCCGAUGCGCUUCCCGGCCCCUUCCCCGCUCCGAAGGGCCACCUGAGGCUCCGGCAGCUGGGCAAGCAUCGCCGACGCCGGAAAGGGGAAAGCGUGCCGGGGGCAGGCGGGUCAGCGCUCGGCUGUGUGCGGGUGGGCAGGGGGUUGGUUAUCAUGGCGGAUCGGACGGCUCCGCGCUGCCAGCUCCGGCUGGAGUGGGUGUACGGCUACCGGGGCCACCAGUGCCGCAACAACCUGUACUACACGGCAGGGAAAGAGGUCGUGUACUUCGUGGCCGGAGUCGGCGUGGUUUACAACACCAGGGAGCACAGCCAGAAAUUCUUCCUCGGGCACAACGAUGAUAUUAUCAGCCUGGCCGUGCACCCGGACAAGACGCUGGUGGCCACGGGGCAGGUGGGGAAGGAGCCCUACAUCUGCGUGUGGGACUCGCUGCGGCUGCACACGGUGUCCGUGCUCAAGGACGCGCACACGCACGGCGUCGCCUGCCUCGCCUUCGACGCCGACGGACAGCGCUUGGCGUCCGUGGGACUGGAUGCCAAAAACACCGUGUGCAUCUGGGACUGGAAGAGGGGGAAGCUCCUGGCGACGGCGACGGGCCACUCGGACAGGAUAUUUGAUAUUUCCUGGGAUCAGUAUCAGCCAAACAGAAUCGUCAGCUGUGGAGUGAAACACAUAAAGUUUUGGACACUGUGUGGAAACGCCCUGACGGCAAAGAGGGGAAUCUUUGGGAAAACAGGAGACCUGCAAACCAUCCUGUGCUUGGCGUGUGCUAAAGAUGAUGUCACCUACUCCGGGGCUUUAAACGGGGACAUCUACGUCUGGAAAGGGCUGAACUUGGUGCGCACCAUCCAGGGAGCACACAGCGCUGGAAUUUUCAGCAUGUAUGCUUGUGAGGAAGGCUUUGCCACCGGAGGGAGAGAUGGGUGCAUUCGGCUGUGGGACACGGAGUUCAAACCAAUUACCAAAAUUGAUCUCAGGGAGACUGAACAAGGAUACAAAGCAGGUCUGUCCAUCCGCAGCGUGUGCUGGAAGGCUGACAGGCUGCUGGCAGGGACCCAGGACAGCGAGAUCUUCGAGGUGCUGGUGAGAGAGAGAGACAAGCCCAUGCUGAUCAUGCAGGGGCACUGUGAGGGGGAGCUCUGGGCCCUGGCUGUGCACCCCAAGAAGCCCUUGGCAGUGACGGGCAGCGAUGACCGAUCCGUACGGUUGUGGAGCCUGGCUGACCACGCCCUGAUAGCUCGCUGCAACAUGGAGGAGGCAGUGAGGAGUGUGUCCUUCAGCCCUGACGGAUCCCAGCUGGCACUGGGAAUGAAGGAUGGCUCCUUCAUUGUCCUUCGAGUGAGGGACAUGACGGAGGUGGUUCACAUCAAGGACAGGAAGGAGGUGAUCCACGAGAUGAAGUUCUCCCCCGACGGCUCCUACCUGGCCGUGGGCUCCAACGACGGCCCCGUCGACAUCUACGCCGUGGCCCAGAGGUACAAAAAAAUCGGGGAGUGCAACAAGUCCUCCAGCUUCAUCACCCACCUCGACUGGUCCGUGGACAGCAAAUUCCUGCAGACCAACGACGGUGCCGGAGAGAGGCUCUUCUACAGGAUGCCCUCUGGGAAGCAUCUCACCAGCAAAGACGAGAUCAAAGGAAUCCACUGGGCCUCCUGGACCUGCGUGAUCGGCUCUGAAGUGAGUGGGAUUUGGCCCAAGUACACAAACAUCACAGAUGUCAACUCCGUGGAUGGCAAUUACAGCAGCUCCGUGCUGGUGACUGGAGAUGAUUUUGGGCUGGUGAAGUUAUUCAGAUUUCCGUGCCUAAAGAAAGGAGCCAAGUUCAGGAAGUACGUUGGGCACUCAGCACACGUCACCAAUGUCCGCUGGUCCCAUGAUUUCCAGUGGGUUUUGAGCACAGGAGGUGCUGAUCACUCUGUUUUCCAGUGGCGCUUUGUUCCAGAAGGGAUAACAAAUGGCAUCCUGGAAACCUCUCCACAAGCAGAGGGUGGUGUGGAUUCCUACAGCGAGGAGUCGGACUCGGAUUUAUCCGACGUGCCAGAGCUGGACUCCGACAUUGAGCAGGAAGCUCAGAUCAACUACGAUCGUCAGGUUUACAAAGAAGACCUACCUCAGCUGAAACAGCAAAGUAAAGAGAAAAACCACUCUGUGCCCUUCCUGAAGCGAGAGCGAGCGCCCGAGGACAGCCUGAAGCUGCAGUUCAUACAUGGGUACAGGGGCUACGACUGCAGGAACAACCUGUUCUACACUCAGACAGGGGAGGUGGUUUAUCACAUCGCCGCCGUCGCCGUCGUCUACAACCGACAGCAGCACUCGCAGCGCCUCUACCUGGGCCACGACGACGACAUCCUCAGCCUCAGCAUCCACCCCGUCAAGGACUACGUGGCCACGGGGCAGGUUGGAAGGGAUGCUGCUAUCCAUGUUUGGGACACCCAGACACUGAAAUGUUUGUCCCUGCUCAAAGGCCAGCACCAGAGAGGAGUGUGUGCACUGGAUUUUUCAGCUGAUGGGAAGUGUUUGGCCUCUGUUGGGCUGGAUGACAAUCAUGCCAUUGUGUUCUGGGAUUGGAAGAAAGGGGAAAAGCUGGCAACAACCAGGGGCCAUAAAGAUAAAAUCUUUGUAGUGAAGUGUAAUCCACAUCAUGUUGACAAACUAGUCACGGUUGGGAUUAAGCACAUCAAGUUUUGGCAGCAAACAGGUGGAGGCUUCACAUCCAAGCGAGGCACGUUCGGCACCGCCGGGAAGCUGGAGACGAUGAUGAGCGUGUCCUACGGGAGAGUGGAGGAGCUGGUGUUCUCUGGGGCUGCCACUGGAGACAUCUACAUCUGGAAGGAGACCCUGCUGCUGAGGACAGUGAAAGCCCACGAUGGGCCCGUGUUUGCCAUGCAUGCACUGGAUAAGGGCUUUGUGACUGGUGGAAAAGAUGGAAUCGUGGCCCUUUGGGAUGACAUGUUUGAGAGGUGUCUGAAGACAUAUGCUAUCAAAAGAGCAGCACUGUCUGCCAGCUCUAAAGGUUUGCUUUUAGAAGACAACCCCUCAAUCCGAGCCAUCAGCCUGGGCCACGGGCACAUCCUGGUGGGAACCAAAAAUGGAGAGAUCCUGGAGAUUGAUAAAAGUGGGCCCAUGACUCUGCUUGUCCAGGGCCACAUGGAAGGAGAAGUGUGGGGCCUGGCAGCUCACCCCCUGCUGCCCGUGUGUGCCACCGUGAGCGACGACAAGACCCUGCGCAUCUGGGAGCUCUCGGCCCAGCACCGCAUGCUGGCCGUCAGGAAGCUCAAAAAAGGGGGCCGGUGCUGUGCCUUCUCUCCCGACGGGAAGGCCCUGGCCGUGGGGCUCAACGACGGCAGCUUCCUGGUGGUGAACGCGGACACCGUGGAGGACAUGGUCUCCUUCCACCACAGGAAGGAGAUGAUCUCGGAUAUAAAGUUUUCACGAGAAUCAGGAAAGUACCUGGCUGUGGCCUCCCAUGAUAACUUUGUAGAUAUCUACAAUGUGCUGACCAGCAAAAGAGUUGGCAUUUGCAAAGGUGCCUCCAGCUACAUCACCCACAUCGACUGGGACUCCAGAGGAAAGUUAUUGCAAGUCAAUUCUGGUGCCAAAGAACAACUAUUUUUUGAAGCUCCGAGGGGGAAAAGACACAUUAUAAGAAUUGCUGAGAUCGAGAAGAUCGAGUGGGACACGUGGACGUGUGUUCUGGGUCCCACCUGUGAGGGGAUCUGGCCCAUGCACAGCGAUGUCACCGUGGUCAAUGCAGCCAGUCUGACCAAGGACAGGACCCUCCUGGCCACAGGAGAUGACUUUGGGUUCGUGAAGCUCUUUUCGUACCCGGUGAAGGGCCCACAUGCCAGGUUCAAGAAGUACGUGGGGCACAGUGCCCAGGUGACCAACGUGCAGUGGCUGCACAACGACUCCGUGCUGCUCACCGUGGGGGGGGCCGACACUGCCCUCAUGAUCUGGACCAGGGAGUUCCUGGGCAUCCAGGAGAGCAAACUGGUGGACAGCGAGGAGUCAGACACUGAUGCAGAAGAAGAUGGAGGUUAUGACAGUGAUGUUGCAAGAGAAAAAGCCAUUGACUACACCACGAAGAUCUAUGCAGUGAGCAUCCGGGAGAUGGAAGGCACAAAGCCCCACCAGCAGCUCAAGGAAGUUUCAGCAGAAGAGAGGCAGGGAAUUGUCAAGGGAUCAAGGCCACCAGUCAGCAGAGCUGCUCCUCAACCCGAAAAACUGCAGAAGAACAAUGUCCACAAAAAAAAGAAACUUGUUGAGGAGCUGGCUCUGGACCAUGUUUUUGGCUACAGAGGCUUUGACUGUCGCAACAACCUGCACUACCUGAACGACGGGGCCGACAUCAUCUUCCACACGGCGGCAGCCGGCAUCGUCCAGAACCUCUCCACUGGCAGCCAGAGUUUCUACCUGGAGCACACCGAUGACAUCCUGUGCCUGACUGUGAACCAGCACCCCAAGUACAAGAACGUGGUGGCCACCAGCCAGAUCGGUGACAUGACAGAAUUCCCAGGUACAACUCCCACAAUCCACAUUUGGGAUGCCAUGAGCAAGCAAACCAUUUCAAUGCUGCGCUGCUUCCACACCAAAGGGGUCAACUACGUGAACUUCAGUGCCACUGGCAAGCUGCUGGUGUCGGUGGGGGUGGACCCAGAGCACACCAUCACCGUGUGGAGGUGGCAGGAAGGGGCUAAAGUUGCCAGCAGGGGAGGACACCUGGAGAGGAUCUUUGUUGUAGAAUUCCGGCCGGAUUCCGACACGCAGUUUGUGUCCGUUGGGGUGAAGCACAUGAAGUUCUGGACACUGGCUGGCAGUGCUUUGCUCUACAAGAAAGGAGUCAUUGGCUCCAUGGAAGAUGCCAAAAUGCAAACCAUGCUUUCUGUUGCCUUUGGAGCAAAUAACCUCACGUUCACGGGUGCCAUCAAUGGAGAUGUCUACGUGUGGAAGGACCAUUUCCUGGUCAGGCUGGUGGCCAAAGCUCACACAGGCCCCGUGUUCACCAUGUACACGACGCUGCGGGACGGACUCAUUGUGACAGGAGGGAAGGAGAGGCCCACCAAGGAGGGGGGGGCAGUGAAGCUCUGGGACCAGGAGAUGAAGCGGUGCCGGGCCUUCCAGCUGGAGACGGGACAGCUCAUCGAGUGCGUGCGCUCCGUGUGCCGGGGCAAGGGGAAAAUCUUAGUGGGCACGAAAGAUGGAGAAAUCCUUGAAGUAGGAGAAAAAAACGCUGCUUCAAACUUGUUGAUUGACUGUCACAUGGAAGGGGAGAUCUGGGGCUUGGCAACUCACCCCUCCAAAGACAUAUUUAUCUCUGCAAGCAAUGAUGGAACAGCGAGGAUCUGGGACCUGGCAGACAAAAAGCUGGUGAACAAGGUGGCCCUGGGGCACCCGGCGCGCUGUGCCGCCUACAGCCCCGACGGGGAGAUGGUGGCCAUCGGCAUGAGGAACGGCGAGUUCGUCGUCCUGCUCGUCAACAGCCUCAAGGUCUGGGGCAAAAAGCGGGACAGGAAGUCGGCAAUCCAGGACAUCAGGUAG